AUGGAUACAAGAGGUAGACUUGUUGCUGGUUCUCAUAAUAGGAAUGAGUUUGUGCUGAUCAAUGCAGAUGAGAAUGCACGGAUAAAGUCUGUACAAGAAUUGAGUGGGCAAAUAUGUCAAAUUUGUGGGGACGAGAUUGAGAUUACAGUAGAUGGAGAGCCCUUUGUGGCCUGCAACGAAUGUGCUUUCCCUGUGUGCAGACCUUGUUAUGAGUAUGAGAGAAGAGAAGGAAAUCAGGCUUGCCCUCAAUGUAAAACCAGAUACAAACGAAUCAAAGGUAGUCCAAGGGUUGAAGGUGAUGAUGAAGAAGAUGACAUUGACGAUUUGGACAAUGAGUUCAAUUAUGGGAAUCUUGAUACUAUGGGUCCACAUCAAGUUGCGGAGGCUGUGCUGUCUUCACGCCUUAACAUUGGCCGUGGUUCUGACUGCAAUGUCAGAAUUCCCACACACUCAGAACAUGAAUCUCCCCUGGGUUCUGAAGUCCCACUCUUAACCUAUGGCGAGGAGGAUUCUGAAAUUUCUCCGGAUCGACAUGCUCUUAUUGUUCCUCCCUAUUUGGGUCAUGGAAACAGAGUCCAUCCGAUGCCUUUUCCUGAUCCAUCUCCUUUGCAACCUAGACCAAUGGUCCCUAAGAAAGACAUUGCAGUCUAUGGGUAUGGGAGUGUUGCGUGGAAAGACCGAAUGGAAGAGUGGAAGAAAAAGCAGAAUGACAAACUUCAGGUUGUAAAGCAUGAAGGAGUUAACAAUGGUGGAAACUUUGGUGGGAAUGAACCGGAUGAUCCUGAUUUACCCAUGAUGGAUGAAGGCAGGCAGCCACUUUCAAGGAAGUUACCCAUCCCUUCGAGCAGGAUAAAUCCAUACAGAAUGAUAAUAAUACUCCGCCUUGUAAUCCUUGGCUUAUUUUUUCAUUAUAGAAUUCUCCAUCCAGUAAAGGAUGCAUAUGGCUUGUGGUUGACAUCAGUCAUAUGUGAAAUAUGGUUUGCUGUAUCAUGGAUUCUGGAUCAGUUCCCCAAAUGGUAUCCAAUAGAGCGAGAAACAUACCUAGAUCGGCUAUCACUCAGGUACGAAAAGGAAGGGAAACCAUCUGAAUUAGCCAGUGUAGAUAUCUUUGUUAGUACAGUUGACCCUAUGAAAGAACCUCCGCUAAUCACUGCAAACACGGUUCUAUCCAUCCUUGCGGUUGAUUAUCCAGUUGAUAAAGUUGCGUGCUAUGUAUCGGAUGAUGGUGCUGCCAUGCUUACUUUUGAAGCUCUUUCUGAGACAUCUGAAUUUGCCAGGAAAUGGGUUCCUUUUUGUAAGAAAUAUAGUAUUGAGCCCCGGGCCCCAGAAUGGUACUUCUGUCAAAAGAUUGACUAUUUGAAAAAUAAAGUUCAUCCAGCAUUUGUUAGGGAAAGACGUGCAAUGAAGAGAGAAUAUGAAGAAUUUAAAGUUAGAAUUAAUGGCUUGGUAGCCAUGGCACAAAAGGUUCCUGAGGAUGGCUGGACAAUGCAGGAUGGGACUCCUUGGCCUGGGAACAAUGUACGAGACCAUCCUGGCAUGAUUCAGGUCUUUCUUGGUAAUAAUGGUGUUCGUGACGUUGAUGGAUGUGAGUUACCUCGUCUGGUUUAUGUUUCUCGUGAAAAGAGACCAGGGUUUGAUCACCAUAAAAAGGCCGGUGCCAUGAAUGCUCUGAUACGGGUCUCAGCAAUUAUCUCAAAUGCUCCUUAUCUUUUGAAUGUGGACUGUGAUCACUACAUCAACAUAGCAAGGCAAUCAGAGAAUCCAUGUUUCCCUCAAAGAUUUGAUGGGAUUGAUCGUCAUGAUAGAUACUCCAAUCGGAAUGUUGUAUUCUUUGAUGUAAAUCAACAUGAAAGGAUUAGACGGUAUACAAGGACAAUAUAUGUUGGAACUGGGUGUGUUUUCAGAAGGCAAGCUCUUUAUGGAUACGAUGCACCUACCAAAAAGAAACCCCCCAGCAGAACCUGCAAUUGCUGGCCAAAGUGGUGCUGCCUCUGGUGUGGGUCUAGAAAAAACAAGAAUGCAAAGUCAAAGAAAGAUAAAAAGAAGAAAUCGAAACAGAGGGAAGCAUCAAAGCAGAUACAUGCACUUGAAAAUAUUGAAGAGGGAAUUGAAGAGCCAAACACCAAUAAAUCAUCCAAUAUGUCCCAACUGAAAUUGGAGAAGAAAUUUGGGCAGUCUCCGGUCUUUGUAGCCUCUGCAGUUCUGGAGAAUGGUGGAAUACCUCAUGAUGUCAGUCCUGCAUCUCUCCUGAAAGAAGCCAUCCAAGUCAUAAGCUGUGGUUAUGAAGAUAAAACAGAAUGGGGAAAGGAAGUUGGCUGGAUAUAUGGUUCUGUAACUGAGGAUAUUCUGACAGGAUUUAAGAUGCACUGCCAUGGAUGGCGGUCCGUCUACUGCAUACCCAAGCUUCCUGCUUUCAAAGGAUCUGCUCCUAUUAACCUCUCUGAUCGUUUACACCAAGUUCUUCGGUGGGCCCUUGGAUCUGUUGAGAUUUUCUUGAGUAGGCAUUGUCCAAUCUGGUAUGGAUAUGGGAGUGGAUUGAAAUGGUUGGAACGAUUUUCCUAUAUAAACUCAGUUGUGUAUCCGUGGACCUCCCUUCCCUUGAUCGUCUACUGUAGCCUGCCAGCCAUCUGUCUUCUGACUGGGAAAUUCAUUGUCCCUGAGAUAAGCAACUAUGCCAGUAUUAUUUUCAUGGCUCUCUUCAUAUCCAUUGCUGCAACUGGUAUCCUUGAGAUGCAAUGGGGUGGUGUUGGGAUAGAUGACUGGUGGAGAAAUGAGCAGUUCUGGGUAAUUGGAGGUGCUUCAUCACAUCUGUUUGCUCUCUUCCAGGGUCUACUCAAAGUUUUGGCUGGUGUUAACACAAACUUCACAGUUACAUCCAAGGCAGCAGAUGAUGGAGCAUUUUCAGAACUUUACAUCUUCAAGUGGACAUCAUUGUUGAUCCCUCCCAUGACUUUAUUAAUAAUAAAUAUAGUCGGGGUUGUCGUUGGUAUUUCAGACGCCAUCAAUAACGGCUAUGAUUCAUGGGGUCCAUUGUUUGGUCGGCUAUUUUUCGCCUUCUGGGUCAUUAUGCAUCUCUACCCCUUCCUCAAGGGAUUACUGGGUAAACAAGAUAGGAUGCCCACCAUUAUUUUGGUUUGGUCCAUUCUGCUGGCCUCAAUAUUAACUCUUAUGUGGGUUCGAGUCAAUCCAUUUGUGUCAAAAGGUGGCCCUGUGUUGGAGGUUUGCGGGUUAAAUUGUGAUUAG